AUGGCAACAGCUUUCGAUAGAAGACGAAUCCCAGGACCUGAAAUAUCAAUACCACCGAUAUACGAACCGUUAUCAAAUGAAAAUGAAGCUGGACCAUCGAAAAGAUCAGGGAGGAGUAAUGAUGAAGCUAGACCGAUCUUCCUCAAAACAGGUUUGAUAUCGCAAGCCAAUGGAAGUGGUUAUAUUGAAUCGGGAGGUGUCAAAAUCGCUUGUUCAGUUUAUGGACCUCGACCUAAAGCACCACCUUAUACACCUCAAGGAACAUUAAACCUUGAAAUCAAAUUCGCUCCUUUCGCUUCUAAUCCUCGUAGAGCUCCACUACGAGAUACCGAACCAUUACCUUUAUCUCACCUUUUAACUCAAUCACUGUUACCUACCAUCCAACUUCAUCUAUUACCGAAAUCAUCGAUUGAUGUUUUCUUGGUGGUACUUGAAUCUGAUACGACCACAAAUGUGCUUUCGGCAGGAUUGACUGUAGCUUCAGCUGCAAUAGCAGAUGCAGGCAUUGAAAUGUACGCUUUAGGUACUUCCGCUGUUAUCUCUUCUACUUGUUCUGACACAUCGCCUGGAGACGGCACUGGAAGCGGAAAUGGAGAAUCGAUAUUGGUGUUAGAUCCUGAAGAAGAGGAAGAAAGAAACUCGACCGGAAAAGUACUAGUUGGAAGUAUGCCUGCUUUGGGGAAAGUCACUAGUAUCUGGUUCGAAGGUGAGAAUGGUAUUGAUGAGGUUUCGGAGAUGAUCGAAAAAGCCAUAGCAGCAUCGAGAGACACUCACACAAUUCUUGCGCAAGCGUUAUUGGAAGGAGCAGAAGAAAGAGGAAUUGGUGGAGACGAGGAAGUAGCAUAG